CAAUCUCAAGUUUGAUCCUUCCGUAACUGAUUUCGCUUGUUCUUUCCUUUGAAAAAUGUGAGAGGAAGCUCCUUAAGAAUGGUAGGCAAUGGCGAAGGAAGCAACGGGGCCUCUAUUAGCGCUGUCGGCUCCUCUGAGACUAGGUUUCCCCAGCCGGAACGGCAGAGGAGAUGGGGAGGCUGUUGGGGAGGGUUGUCCUGCUUUGGAUCAAAAAAAGGUGGAAGACGUAUUGUUCCUCGUAUUCCAGAAGGGAACACAUUGAUAAAUCGGGCAAAUGGACCUCAACCUGUUGGACUGACCCACCAAGCUCCGACAAUAACUCCAUCCCUUCUAGCGCCGCCAUCUUCACCAGCAUCCUUCACAAAUUCUGCUCUCCCUUCAACCGCCCAAUCACCGAGUUGCUUCUUGUCCAUGUCAGCCAACUCACCUGGUGGGCUUUCAUCCACCAUGUUUACCACAGGGCCAUAUGCCCAUGAGACACAGUUGGUCUCUCCCCCUGUUUUCUCUACCUUUACAACCGAGCCAUCCACUGCUCCUCUUACUCCUCCACCAGAGUUAGCCCACCUUACUCCAUCAUCCCCUGAUGUGCCUUUCGCUCAGUUCCUUUCAUCUGCUUUGGAUACCAAAAAUUCUGGCAAGUCGAAUUAUGCUGCUGCCAAUGAUCUUCAAGCAACAUAUCCACUUUAUCCUGGAAGUCCGGCGAGCAGUCUCGUUUCACCUAUUUCAGGGACCUCUGGUGAUGGUGUGUCCUCAUCCUUUCCUGAGCAGGAGUUUCCUGCACAUUGGGGUUCUUUGAUUUCAAAUCAAGAUUCACAAUAUCCUCAGAAUGGAUCAUCUGGGCUCUUUGGGCUUGGCACAGCCACAUCCAAAAAUUUCAUGCUGUCUCAAGAUUCAAGUUUCUUUUGCCCUGCUAUUUCAGCACAGUUCUAUCUGGACCAGGCCCAGCAAUCACUUCCAUCAUAUCCUCAUGGUGGAGGGAAGCAGCCUCUUUCCAGGGAAGCAGAAAUCUACUCCACUGGUGGAAAUGGACAGCAGAACAGGCACAAUAAAAAUUGCAAGCCAGAUGCAGAAGAAAUUGAAGCAUACAGAGCGUCCUUUGGGUUUAGUGCCGAUGAAAUUAUUACAACCCCUCAGUAUGUGGAGAUUUCUGACGUAAUGGAUGACUCCUUUACCAUGACGCCCUUUACCACUUCCAACAAACCCUUCAUUGAAGAAAGCAUGGGUCCUGAAUUGCCAAAUGGGCAGGCAGCACAGAUGGACUUGCUGAAUUACAAGGGCCUGAAAUUGGUGGCAGAUCACGUCAGCACGGGAGUGCAUGGUGAAGUACAGGGAAACUUGUGCAAUGGAUGCAUAGAUAAUAAACCAUGGAGACAGAUUGAGGAUGUUUCUGAGCCAAAUGAGUCCAGUGACCAUGCAUUGACUGACGGGGAGGACGUCUUCACAAAGAUAGGGGACUCCAAAAUCAGAAAAAGGUAUCAGGUGGGUUUAUCAAGCUCUGAUGCAGAAAUCGAUUACAGAAGAACAAGAAGUUCCAGAGAAGGCAAAGGAAAUUUCGCAUUCUGUGCCUAAUAAGCACAGUUUAAUCAAACUCUCAACCCCCAACCC